GCCGACUGCUAGCUGCAGACGUUUGACAAGUGGCUUGCAUUGCUGUUGAAGGGGCAUAGAACCAGCUGAGAAAGAAGACACGCGGACGUCCGGACAAGAUGGCAGAACAGCUAAAGGUGCUGCUGGCUACGGUGUCCGUGGCCACCCUGUGUCUAUUGCUGGCAGUUCACUGCAUACCAGCUUUUAACAAAGCCGAAGCAUUGGAUGUCGAGACACUGGAUUACGAUGGCCGCACAAUCGCUCUCGGUCUGUGGAAGGUCUGCUUCCAUGGUGCGAAUGACAGUGCUCUCAAUGAGUGUGUUACUUACAACAGCACUACCUUAACAGGUUCGGUUGAAACAGCCCGUGCGUUCAGUGUCAUGUCUUGUCUCUUCUUCAUCGGUGGUUUGGUGCUGGGUCUUCUGCUGGAGAAGAAUGAAGUCCAUCGUCUAGCUUAUCUGCUGCCUAAGCUGUUCUCUUUGCUUAGUGGCACGUCGAUGGGAAUCGCCGCCGGUGUCUUUCAGGACGUGGAUGCCGAUGCGUAUAGCAUGUUCUUGCCUGACUACAUCACGUCCCCGUCCACCGGGUUCCUUGUGGCGUGUUCCGGUGUUGUCGGUGCUGUGCUAUGUUCCAUGCUGUCGCACUGGGUGCACGUGUCCUCAAGGCAGUCAAGAACGGAGUACCAAACUAUUCACGGCUAAUCUCUUGCGUUCUUCACCCGCGACGAAGAAGAGGGGUCCGAAGCAAUGCUUGCUGCCGCUGGUGAAGUUCCGACAGCGCCCCCCGUGCUCGAUGCUGUGACCAACGUGUUUCGGACAUACCUGUAACACAGCUGACUGCUGUGUCAACUUCCGACACUUGCCGAGCCAGCUCUCGUUGACUGGGCUACUUGCAGAGGUAUUGCCGCAAACUUAAAUUAUUUUUAAUUCAUUUCUCCGCAGACUGAGCCAGCUCUCGUUCAGUGGGCUAAUUGCAGAAGUAUCGGCGCAAACUUGAAAUUAUAUAUUUUAUUCGUUUCUCCGCAGAUUGAGCGUAGUUUGUUUACGCGCUCUGAGGGCUCAUGUUUUUCAGACAAUAUGACGACUUGAAUUUUUUAAUUUUAUCUGUAUGUGUGUUUUUUAUAUUGUAGUUUUUGCGUCCAACACUACGUUUUGCGUUGUUGUGUCCCGAUGUGACAUUAGAGGUUUUGCGAUGAGCGCAUUAUGCACUGCAGUUGUGAGACACAGAUGUGUUAGUAUAAUAGUUAUAUGAAGACGAAGAAUGUAAGUUAGUGAGUCCAGAGAUCCUGCAUGAAAAGCCUGGGUGUGAGCACACAUUCUCUCUCUCUCUCUCUCUCUCUCUCUCUCUCUCUCUCUCUCUCUCUCUCUCUCUCUCUCUCUCUCUCUCUCUCUCUCUCUCUCUCUCUCUCACAGGCAGAUUUGAAGUCUGUUCUUUGACUCUCAUUGCUGGUGACAUGCUGCUUGAACAGGCUUAUCAUCUUCCGCCAUUGCGUGCCUGUACUGCUUGUGAGUGUUGUGCUGUGGAAUUACCCAAGAGCU